AUGGCAGAUUCAAGCUCGGUACGGCAGCGCAAAGCGCCAUCAACCGAGAAACCCUCGCCUAAGACAAGCGAUACUCGGAGAAGGGUUCGAGAAGAAGAUGAUUCCUCCUCCUGGGUGGUUGACGCCCUCCGCGUAAUCACCUUUCUGUUCCUCGCCUCGUGCGGCCUCAGCUACCUCAUCAGCGGAGGCGAGACAUACUUCUGGGGCAUGAAGAAUAAGCCCAAUUACAUGCGUCUAGACUGGUGGAAGAGCCAUUUCCAACCACCCCUCGAACUCACCAUCGAGGAACUCGCCGCUUUCGACGGCUCCGACCCAUCCACACCAAUCUACCUCGCCAUAAACGGCACAAUCUACGACGUCACGCCCGGCCGCCGCAUCUACGGGCCCGGUGGCUCCUACCACUGGUUCGCAGGCUGCGACGCCUCUCGUGCCUACGUAACGGGAUGCUUCGCUGAUGACCGCACAGCCGACAUGCGCGGCGUCGAAGAGAUGUUCCUCCCCCUCGAAGACGUCGAGGUCAACGCGCUGUACACGAAGGAAGAGCUCAAGGAGCUGAGGAAGCAGGAGAUGAAGGCGGCGAGGGAAAAGGUGCAUGAGGCGCUGAAGCACUGGGUGGAUUUCUUUGCCAAGAGCGAUAAGUAUAGGAGGGUCGGUACGCUGAAGAGGGAGAAGGGGUGGUUGAAGAAUGAGCCGAGGAGGGAGCUUUGUGACGCUGCGAAGCAAGGGAGGGUGAAGAGGAAGACGCCGGAGGAGAGGGCUAGGGAGAAGGAGGAGCAGGAGAAUGGGGGAGCGUAG